AACAACCACUGUGCUAUCUGUACCCUUGUCCGGGUCCCCGCUGCUGCUGUAAUAGCCCAGGUCAAGAACAUGGAGAGGCUGCUGCUUUGGGUCUCUGUCCUCGCCAGUCUCCCAGAAGCCUUUGCUCACCGAGACCUCACGGGGAAGGUGUUUGUGUUCCCUAGAGAGUCUGCCACUGACCAUGUGAAACUGAUCACAAAGCUGGAGAAACCUCUGCAGAACUUUACCUUGUGUUUUCGAGCCUAUAGUGACCUCUCUCGUGGUUACAGCCUCUUCUCCUAUAACCUCCAGGGCAAGGACAAUGAGCUCCUGGUUUUUAAACAUAGAAUUGGAGAGUACAGUCUAUACAUUGGAAAAACCAAAGUUACCUUCAAAGUUAGGGAGGUGUUCCCCAGGCCGGUGCACAUCUGUACCAGCUGGGAGUCUUCCACAGGCAUUGCUGAGUUUUGGAUCAAUGGAGAGCCGCUGGUGAAAAAGGGCCUGAGGCAGGGUUACUCUGUUGGAGCUUAUCCCAGGAUUGUCCUGGGACAGGAGCAGGACAGCUAUGGAGGAGGGUUUGAUAAGACCCAGUCCUUUGUGGGAGAGAUUGGGGAUCUGUACAUGUGGGGCUCUGUGUUGUCUCCAAAUGAGAUCCGGCUCGUAUAUCAGGGUUUGUCCUUCCCCCAUCCCACCAUCCUGGACUGGCAGGCACUGAACUACGAAAUGAAUGGAUAUGUUGUCAUCAAGCCCCGGGUGUGGAGCUGACGUCUGGAAUCAACAAGAGGACUUGAACAUGAAAACAACCAACAUGCAAGAGCUCUGCUCAAGGCAACCGGAUACUAAAUCCUACAUCUGAAGUUCCUUACUCUUUGAAUUUCCUGUCUCUAUGUGUGCCUGAUUUUAAAAUGUAUUAUGCCCCCCUGCACUUGUUCAGUGCUCAUAAUCCCAAACAUUUUCUCUUAUAGCUACUUAUUUGGAAAUUGAUAUUUCAUCAUCCAGAAAAAUCAGGUUGAAAAUUAUGGUGGCAGAGGGAUGAGGUACUUUGAAGUAACUAAAAAGAUUUAUCAUAAAGCUAGAGAACUCAAUGAGGGGGCACAAGCGACACUUACAAGCUACUAUUAUUCACUGUAUUAACAAUUCAAAAUUGAACUGUGUGUGGAGUUGCAAUAAACAUCCUUCCAUUU